UCUGAAUUGAAAAUCUUCCAAAGUUGGUAUCACCAUGAGUUCAACAUUGAGAGUUCCGUCUACUAAUCGGAGAAGAGUAUACUUUCAGCUAGUAUGUUUAGUAUUUUUUAUGACUGCGGAUCUGGCAUUGGCAGAACCAGGACCGGUAUUCAGUCUUCCGCAGAAUAUUUGUACUAAGCCUGCUUGCAAGGCUACAGCUAAUGAGUUCACGAGGAAUAUGAACCCUUACGCACCUCCUUGUACGGAUUUCUUCGAGUUUGCUUGCGGGAAGUUCAAAGAUCAUCACCCACUCGGCCCCGAAGAGAGCACGACCGAUUUCUUCACAGAAAUGGAAAAAGAAAUUAAUAAUCGAAUGCGAGAAAUUGCGGAGGCCCCAGUCAAGGACUCUGACAGUGCCUCCCUGAAGAAAGCCAAAUUGGCGUAUCAAGUGUGUAUGAAUGAAGACGCUCUCGAUCAGGAGGGCAUAAAUCCUAUAGCUUCAGAUAUACAAAAACAAAAAGGAUGGCCGAUGGCAAUGGAUAAUUGGAACUGGAAAUCCCGAACCUGGAUGGACAUAGAAAAGUCAUAUACAAGUAAAUUAGGCGAAUCAGCAUUUUUCACAGCCAUUGUUGAACGCAAUAACAUUUUCAAAUCAACAAAUACUCUGACGUUAAAGCCUCCCGUAUUUUUACUGCCUUCCUACGUACUAAAUAAUCCGGACCAACAUCAGGACAAAAUCGAGUUAUAUCGCGACUUUAUUGUUGACAUAGUGAAGAAUUUUCAAACGUCCGUCAACAUCCCUAAACAGAACCUUCGUGAUGAAGCGCAACAAAUAAUAAAUUUGGAAAUCGAGUUGACACGACUUAAAAAUCUCGCUGACGUCCGCCAAAGAAACUCACUUUCACAUACGACUCCUAAACAAUUUCAAAUAGAGUAUGACAUUAUUCCUCACAGAACUAGUAAUUCAAAGAUAAUUUGGAUGGAUAUGAUCAAUAGCAUUUUCUCGCAAACGAAUUACGUUCUUCCUCCGUCUGGUUUUCUAAUUUUAGAAAAUGAAAUCUAUUUUAAACAAUUGGCGGUGCUGCUGGAUAAAACACUAACCCGAGUAUUAGUGAAUUUCGUACAUUGGCAGUAUGUUCGACGUUUACUAAGAUAUUGCGACCAAGCUACAAGAAAUCGGUACACUGUUUUAAAAAAAGAGUUGCUUCGCGGAAAUUCACAGGAUCGGUGGCUGGAAUGUUUGCAUCAAAAUCCUGCAGAAAUUUCGUUGAUCCACCGGUACCUGAAGAAUCACGUCUCAAAGAAAUCUCUCGAGACUAUUGGCAAAAUGGUUGACUAUCAAAAGUCUCGACUGGAGCAACAAAUUCUUCAUAGUACUUGGCUGGACAAUGCUAUGCGCAAUGAGUUGGCCAAGAAAGCUGAAACGGUGAAUAAAUUUCUGGGAUAUCCUGCUUGGUAUAAGGAUACUGAAGCCAUUGACAAAUAUUUUUCCACGCUAGUGGUUAGAGACACCCACUUUAAAAAUGCAAUGUAUUUCAAAAAGUUCACCAUCUAUCGAGCGAUAAAGUUAUUGCAAACACCAGCCGAAAAGUACCCGGAAAGCUUGAUAUGGAGCGAGGGUGUUCUUGAACCAAAUGCAUAUUUCAAUCAACCUCUCAAUUCAUUGAUUGUACCUGCUGGAAUGUUGUUAUCUCCUUUAUUCCACGGCGAAGACGUGCCCGAAAAUGUUUUGUAUGGCUCUACUGGCGGUGUAACAGGCCAUGAACUAUCCCACGCAUUUGACGAUCAAGGACGUCAAUACGCAUAUGAUGGCUCUCCCUUGGCCUGGAGUCAGAAUAACUUACAGGAAUACAGAGCACGAGCCAAUUGUAUCGUUAGGCAAUUCGAUGCGUAUCAAAAUAGAGAAAGGCCACAACAUGGCCGAAACUCUUAUGGAAAGAGGACAGAAAAAGAGAACAUGGCCGAUACAAAUGGAAUGUACGUUACUUAUGCUACUUAUAAAUAUCGGGCCGCACAAAGGAAUAAAGAAUACCAAAAGUUGCCUGGACUGGAAGAUUUGACAGACGAUAAGCUGUUUUUCCUCUCUUUUGCCAAUACAUGGUGUUCCUAUACAAAACCGGAGCAGGUUUUGUUCAUGACACUCAUUAAGGCGUCCCAUAGCAUUCCAAGACAUCGUGUAAUUGGUACUUUGUCGAACAUCAGAAGCUUCGCCGUGGCGUUUGGAUGUCUACCUAACACUCCCAUGAAUCCUCGGGAUAUAUGCUACUUGUGGGAUUGAAUUCUUGUAACUUUAAAUAAUUUAUGAGUAUCUACUCUCAACAUAUCCCUCCUGCGAUCGUCUUCAUCCAACUGCUCCAAUUGUUAUGGACAUUUUUUAUUUGUAUUUGGAUAUAUAAAAUAAACACUUCCGGGAAGCACAACGAACAUUA